UUAAGUGACAAUUUAUUUCUAUUAUUUAUCAUGCAAGUAAACGUAUUCAAUAUAUAUACUCAUCUCUUCUUACAUCGAGAGCAUCAAUAGCUUAGAAGAUCAUUUAUUCUCACUUUUUCUCUUCUCAUUUUGAUCAUCUUCACUUGUUUCUGAUCCCUAAAUGGAACACGAGAGCAAGCACAAUAUGAAUGGGAUGGAGAUGGAGAAAGGAAGGAAGGAGAUCAAUGGAUCGAGAAAAGGAGUUGAGUUGACUUUGAGAGUGUUGGCAUUGGUCUUAACAAUGGCGGCUGCAACAGUACUUGGUGUCGCAAAGCAAACAAAGGUUGUGUCUUUCAAGCUUAUUCCCACUUUACCUCCUCUUGAUAUCACUACAACCGCCAAAGCCACUUACUUGUCUGCCUUUGUGUACCACAUCUCAGUAAACGUGAUAGCUUGCGGUUACACUGUGAUCUCGUUAGCGAUUUUGAUGAUCAACAAAGGCAGAAGAAGCAAAGGGUUGUUAAUGGCAGUUUUGCUAGGAGAUUUAUUGAUGGUGGCUUUGCUGUUUUCCGGCACCGGAGCGGCCGGAGCAAUUGGGCUAAUGGGUUUACAAGGGAACAAGCAUGUCAUGUGGAAUAAAGUUUGCGGCGUUUUUGGAAAAUUCUGUCACCGAGCUGCUCCUUCGCUUCCUCUCACUCUUCUUGCUGCAGCUGUCUUUAUGCUUCUUGUUGUUCUUGAUGCCACCAAGCUUCCUUAGUUUGUUGUUUCGGUUUCGGUUUCUUGUCGUUUUGUGUGUUGUAAAAUAGUUAUCAACAAUUAUGAACUUCUUAUGUUUAAUCAUAUUGUUUUCAUGGUGAA